AUCACGCGGUGGUCAAAGGCUGAACGGAUUAUAACGAGCCGAGGAUAGAGCCCCAUUCGGUGUGGUGACUCGCUAGGAGAAACGUCGAUCAGUAGUGAACAUGCGGGGAUGCGGAGCUGGUGAUCGAACGAUCGUUACACGCGUAAUUAUUAUUUUUUGAAGCCGCACGCCGCGGCGUAGAUGAUCGUCGUCACGUAUAAUUCGAAGCAAACAAAGACGGUCGGAGGUAACGCGCGGUAUACAAUAGAGUUCGGUACACACAACGCGGCGUACGCUUUCACGGGGAUUCGGAUACUUCGGGAAAAAAAGGUGGAGUAGGUGAGAGAACCUUUCAAUUAUUAAUUUCAUUAGCACUAGCUGUAUGCAUACGAUACUCGACGUACCACCACCACCACCCCAGCGACUAUCGAUGAUCCGAGGGCGGAGAACAAACAUCAGCGAACAAACAACGCCUCGAAUCUACAGACAAUAGGCCCUGAAAAGCACCUGAGAAACUGGGUGAUGGCGCAGCGAGGAAAAUAUGGAUUCUCUUCACGGCUUCUCCGCAAAACCUCGAGUACCCAGAUGCACAAGAUGAUGACCUUCGAAUAAAACCAAUCCGACGAUGAAAAUCAACUUCAAUUAGUCCGGGCGCCACAAGGCGCGGCGGGGCGGCCCCAAUGCCGGCCAGGAAGGGCCUCCUCGCCCCCCAGAAUACUUUUCUCGAUACCAUCGCUACGCGAUUCGAUGGAACCCACAGCAAUUUCGUUCUUGGGAACGCCCAAGUUCCAUCGAUAUAUCCGAUCGUUUACUGUUCCGAUGGAUUUUGCGAGCUGACAGGAUUUGCGCGAGCGCAAAUCAUGCAAAAAGGUUGCGCAUGCAAGUUCCUCUACGGACCAGAUACGAAGGAGGAUGAGAAGGCGAUGAUAGACAAAAGCCUCGAGAGUAAAACCGAACUCAAAAUGGAGGUCGUCUUCUACAAGAAAAACGGUACGCCGUUCAACUGCCUUCUGGACAUCGUGCCUAUUAAGAAUGAAAAAGGAGAUGUUGUGUUAUUUCUCGCAUCCCACAAGGAUAUCACGCACACGAAGGAUCUUCAACUUUGUGAGUUGUAUGAUAGUGACGCGAACGGUAAUCUGGAUCCGGAAGCUCCGCCGGCGAAUUAUGGGAGAAGAAGAAGUAGGGCAGUCCUUUAUCAACUGUCUGGACAUUAUAAACAGGACAACAAACAUAAGUUGAAAAUAAAUAACACACUUCUUCAUUCCACAGCAGCACCACUUCCGGAGUACAAAACGUCCGCGAUAAAAAAAUCCAGAUUCAUACUGAGCCAUUACGGACUUUUCAAAUCAUGCUGGGAUUGGUUGAUUCUCAUCGCGACUUUUUACGUAGCAAUUGUCGUACCUUAUAACGCAAGUUUUGUUAACACAGACAGGCCGACAAUGGUCAGCGACGUCGUCGUGGAAGCUCUCUUCAUUAUUGACAUAAUCCUCAACUUUAGAACGACUUACGUUAGUCGAAAGGGCGAAGUGGUUAGCAACAGUAAGAGUAUCGCUUUGAACUACUUAAAAGGCUGGUUUCUGGUUGAUCUGGUGGCAGCAUUACCUUUUGAUCUACUCUACGCCUCCGACGUUUACAGUGGUGAGGAAUCGGGACACAGUCACAUUCACCUGGUGAAAUUAACGAGGCUCUUGAGAUUGGCGCGUUUACUGCAGAAGAUGGACAGGUACUCGCAGUACAGUACGAUGAUACUGACGUUGCUGAUGCUGUCGUUUACGUUAGUCGCCCAUUGGCUAGCUUGCAUCUGGUACGUGAUAGCCGAAAAGGAAAGACUAAGAAACGACAAGGAAUGGGAUCUUGGUUGGAUUCAUACGUUGGCCGACAGAUUGAAGAUAUCCGUGCAAAACGUCACGCUCACAGAAAGUUAUGUAACUGCAUUAUAUUUCACAUGCAGUAGUUUGACAUCAGUCGGUUUUGGAAACGUUUCCGCAAAUACAUCGUCGGAGAAAAUAUGUUCCAUAUGUAUCAUGCUGAUCGGAGCUCUGAUGCACGCGGUUGUAUUUGGUAACGUAACCGCUAUAAUACAGAGAAUGUAUUCACGCCGUUCUCUGUAUCAAACUAAAUGGAGAGAUUUAGAAGACUUUUUGGCAUUGCAUCAGAUACCGGAUGAGUUAAAGCAGAGAAUGCAAGAUUAUUUUCAGACUAUGUGGUCGCUUAAUCACGGCAUCGACAUUCACGAGGUGAGGGAGACCCUCAAGGAGUUUCCCGAAGAACUUCGCGGCGAUGUGUCGAUGCAUCUUCACCGAGAAAUUUUGAGCUUACCAAUAUUUGAGGCGGCUUCUCAGGGCUGCUUAAAAUUAUUAUCACUUCAUAUUAGAAGUAAUUUUUGCGCCCCAGGUGAAUUUCUCAUUCACAAAGGUGACGCUCUUUCGUAUAUUUACUACCUCUGUAACGGAUCCAUGGAGGUCGUACAAAACAGUAUGGUAGUCGCCAUUUUGGGGAAAGGAGAUUUGGUCGGCUGUGAUAUGAGCAUACAUCUUCACAAUGGAAGUAACGGGGGUGGAACGGGGGGUGGAGGAUCAGUGCCUACGGAUGUUGUGGUAAAAUCUAGCUGUGAUGUGAAAGCUCUUACUUACUGCGAUCUUAAGUGCAUCAAUAUGCAAGGACUUGUUGACGUUCUUCGUCUAUAUCCUGAAUAUCAACACGAGUUCGCUCACGAUAUUCAGCACGAUCUCACCUACAAUCUUCGCGAAGGUUACGAAGCCGAGCAAGAGGGUGACAUGAACGGUGUUCCGUCAUUGACGCUUCCAUCGAUCAGCGAAGACGAUGAAAACAUUCCCGAGGAGGGUGAAACCUCGCCACUUUCUCCACCCAAUAAAUCUCCGCUACACGCGGGCUCCAGUCCAAGGCACGCCAAGUUUAGAGAUGAGUAUAAAGAAAAUAGACGAGUGACAAGGGGCGCUUUGGUCAGAGGAAGGGCUGCCGUGAUAGCUCAGGAAUCCGUAGAAGAACACAUCAGGGGAUCGGUGGAGAGGCUGGACACUCAGGUUUCGACUCUCCAUCAGGACGUGGCGACGCUCAGUUACGAGGUUCGAAACGCCAUUCAGGCGUUGCAAAUGUUCGCGAGUUCGCCUCAGAGCAACCCAAAUUUACCAGCACCAUCGGGACGCGGUAGCGGAUAUUUGGCGAGAAGUUCGUCCCAUCCUCCCGAUGCACUUUGUUGGGAUCCACCCAGACUGUCGAACGCGAUAACGCAGACGGACUGGCCGGUCGAUAUGUUCGAGGCGUGGGUCUUGGCGAAUUCCCAUAGAGUUUUAAGGAUUUUAGGACUCGAUCCCGAUGUCAUAUUGGGGGCAACGCCGCGCUCUCCUACCCCUUCACCUUCGUCGCCACCCCCGCCACCCUACGAACCGCUCUCUCCGAUUCCAACUUCACCGCCUCAAUCGCCAGGUAAUAACAAUUACGCGUUCAACAAUAAUCGAGAAGAUACGAACGAAGUUGUUACGUCGAGGGGUGGUUGUCAGCAACCGUCAACGUUGCAACAACAACAGCAACAACGGUGCUGGGAUCAUCGUAGUAAAUUGUCGCAUCGUUUUAGCGCGGGCGACGCCGAUAAUUCGUCGCCUCAUUAUCAGGCGUUCAAUUCACUCCAUCGUUUGCCCGAGUCGAGAUCGCUGAAGUUCGAUCCUUUCGAUAGUUGAACUGAAACGUAGGGGGUAAUUUCCGGGUUGAAAAUCGGUUAAAUUCGCCCUUGGAAGAAGGCUGCUGUGAUGUACCGACGGAUAUUACGACGCGAUGCUGACCGGGGGAAACGAGAAACGAAAAGAAAGAAAUAGCGAAAGAAAAAAAAGAAGAAAAAGCAAGAAAGCGCAAGUGGCGAAGGAGUAAAACGAAUGAAAUUCAAAGUCAAAGUAUGAAGAGACAGGAUUAGAGAUCAAGAGACUUAUGAUCCCUUUGUAUGAGCUAUCGCUGAGAAACCCUGCAGGGCUUUCUGCCCGCCGAAGAAAAGAAAAAAGGUCCGUAUCAUACGUAUUCCGAGGGAUCUAUCGCGCGAAUUUGCUUCAGACACAGAAAAAAAAACAAAAAAAGGAAAGAAAGAUAAGUAAUUUUAUUCAUAAAUUGUACAAAAAAAAAAAUUAUUUAAAUUAAUACGUGAGUAUACCGAUUCGUGAGCGGAUAAAACUCGGAGAUUCAGUCGAGAAAUAUUACCGAACUCCGGAUUAUCAAUAUGCAAAAUUGAAGGACUGCGGCGAAACCUGAAUGAAGCUACGCCGGUAUUGAUGUGAAUAUGGAUUAUUUAUAUGUAAAUAAUUAAUUAAGCAUAUCAGGUGGAACGGCCGUAUAUAUUUCCCUUGAAAAUAUAGUAAUACAUGAUUUUAUUCGUAAAUUUCAUUUUUAUAGUAGUGCCUAACCACCGGAAACACACAAAAAUGUUCUCACGCGGAACAAGUAAAAUGCAAUCAAUUUUAUCAAGUAAGUGUUGAUAAGCUGUUGGUAUAUUUAAGUCAAGAAAAUAUUCUAUAUGUAAACCUUAUAUUAAUGAUAGUCAAUACGAAUAAUAUUAUUAUACAUGUAUAGAUUAUCAAGUAGACUAGCGUGUAUACUUAAACCAAUCAUUUAUCAUUCUCCGAUGAAAAAGAAAAUUUUGGAAAAGAGAUUCUUAGGAAUUUGUCGCACACAGUUUUUUUUUUCUUCAACAGCUUGAAAUUAAAUUAGUUUAAUACUUCGAUCAUUCCAUUUUGCAGAAAUAUCGAUAAUCCCCAAUCAAUGAUUAGUUCGAAAACCAUCGGUAAAAAAUUUUUAGCAGUCUUUGAAAUAUUUUUAUUUUCUGUACAGGAAAGUGUGAAUUAAAAAAUCAUUCCAACUGUUUUUUUUUGCUAAUACUGCAAAGGUUCUCUUCUGUUUUAACUCUUAUUCACGCAUGAAAUAGAUAUUUUAUCGACACAUUCUUUUGCGAGUAGCUAGAAAAUUCAUAUAGUUACAAAACUACGAUUUUAUUCACGAAGACCUCUUCGAUGUGAAUGUUCUAAUUAAAUCGUGAACAUAGUAAUCGCGCUGAUAAAAAUCAUCGUUUUAAUGUAAUAAUUAAGGAGGAAAAAAAAGAAGAAGAAAAAUAUUAACAACUUGUACGUAAUCAGCCUAUACAUCCAUAAUGAAAUCUUUGGAAAUAUCUAUUGCUGUAGAAGUUGCAUUAUUAUAUUAUAUUGAAUAGAUAGAAAGCUCAUAAAAAACAUCGUAUAAUUAGUUUGACGAGACACAAUGAGAAUGUUAUAUAUAUAAAUGAGAAUAUACGGUAAACAUAAAUCUGAAGAAUAAUUAAUAAAUCGUCAUAAGUAAUAAAUUAACUAAAUGCUACUUGAUGUUUGUAAAUAAUGGACAAGUAAUAUUCAAAACGCGUGUGAUAAGGGCACGGCUUUGGCCAUGCACGAUUCUAUUUGUUCAAUUGGGUGGGUAAUAUCGUCACUGUAAUUAAAGAAAAGUGGCUCUCGGAGGGAUUUGUUUUUUUUUUUUUACUUCAACUCGAAAACUUGUGGAAAAAAUAUUUCAACUCAUUGAAAAAUCAGAAUUCUUUGAUUUUCUGAUCAAACGUUGAACAACGUUCGUCCGAACGAUGGUGAUUAUGAUAAUUCAUCCCUAGCCAUUUUUUUUUCUAUUCUUUUUUUUGGAAGAGAAAAAAAUUUCAUGAAUUACAGUGAUUGUAAUACUAUUUUAUAAAUAUUUCAUAUAUUUUGUUAUACUAUUUCUAUGCUCUCUACGUUACGAUUGAAAUAUAAUAUUUAUCUAUCCAUCUUUUACGCUCACGUACCUAUAGUUAUGAUAAAUUUCUAAAGUUUGGUACACAAAUAUUAUAAAUUAUAGUGAUACUAUAUAUGCUUAUGUAUAACGUAAUAUCUACAUCUCACAAUUAGAACGAUAGAAAAAUUAUUUAUUCAAAAUCGAAGACACAAAGGAAGUUGAAAAAGAACGAAGUACGUCACUCACAUAUCUAUAUUAAACGCAUUGAUUAGUACCACUUCUAGUCAAGCUUUCCAAUUCUGAAAAAAGACCACGAAUUAUAUCGUAAAUUCACAACAAUAAUCCAUGAUCAAUUAUCAAUCCUUCUUUAAUUUGACUUUUUUGUCAUUCCGUCGCAUCCAUCUGAUUCUAACAAAUUGGUUUUUCUUUCUGCAUUCUCUUUACAUUCGAGUUGGAAUAUAAUUCGCGGUCUACGAUCGGUAAAUCUUUGCCUAUAUGUAUAUCCAAAUAAACUGGUGUGAUAGGAUAAUAAUUUGAAAAUCACAAAUGUCGUAGAGAAGCAAUAAAAAUAAAUGAAUGAAACAAAUAUCGUCCACCGUAUAGUGAAAUAAUACCUGCUUUUACGUUACAUAUAUUUUGAAAAAAAAAAAAUGGCACUGAUUAUUAUUUGCAACGCAAAUUUAUUCUUCAUUCAUUUUAUUUUAAAUUUUUUAUCGUCGUAAUUUUCCUAGGAACAGUGCGGUGUGAUCGAUAAAAAAUGAUGGACGACUGUCGGUGCGAUAUGAUGCGAUACGUUGAUGAAAUUUUAGAAAACCAUUAACAUCGUGCGCAAUGCGAAAAGAGAUAUUUUAAAUUAAACGGAUGUAUUAGUCGGAGGAAAAAAUAAUUCACAGGUGCAGGUCACUUAUUAAUUAUGAAUAAAUGUAGUUAUAACUUCGUAUCACGAGAGUGUAAUACAGAUUUAACAUACAUAUCUUGAUUAUGGAAUCGAAAUUCGAACGUUAAUAGAUAAUAUACAUAUACCUAUAAUAUACAAUAAAUAUACGAUAUAGAAAAUUAAGUUCUUCAGGAAAUUUUUCUCAAAAUAACAGCCACGUACACAUUGGUUUAUCAUGAUUUUAUUGUUCAUCAAAUUAUAAUAAUUGAUAAACUCGGUAAAUUUAUUUUUUAAAUAUAUAAUUGUCCAUCGAUGAUCUAUCAUUACAUUGAUAUAUGCUCUCGUGUAAAUUUUCAAAGAACAUACAUACUAUGAUGUGAAUAUCCAUAUAUCUGUUCAUACACUAUAUUCAUUAAUUUACUUCGUUUUUUUCGUUGAAUGAACAAAUUAUGAGUGAAUUGAAACUAACGAUAUGUAUAAUAAAGAUGAUGAAAAUUUAAAGUACCUAUAUAUAAUGUCGUUAUGAUCCUAAAAAGUAGCGAAAUAUAAUUCGAAAAUAUUGCCAAUUGAUAUUCUCUGACUUCGGUCUUUCGAAUAAAAGUAUUGAUCGUGGACUCUGCAAGUGCAGGGGAAACACAGCGAUUCAGCAAUUGUUGAAAUUCAUUGUCUACUUCGGUGUAAUUUGGGAGUAGGGAGAGAGGGAGUAACGACCGUUUAAAAUUUUUUUCUUUAAUUUAGUUUUCUUUUUCUCAAAGGGUGUCUGAUUCACCUACGCGCAGCUGCACCAUCGUGAUGCUGCAAUAAUAAUUUAUAGGUGUAAUAACCCCGAGAAAAUUCUUUCUGUUGGUCUACCGCCUAGAGAACAUGACUCACCAUCAAAGGCGACAGACAUUUAUAGAUUAUAGUAUACCAGAAAUGAAAGAAAAUAUAUCGAAGAAGAAACUGAUUCAAUUUUGAAUAAUACAUAUUCUCUAAAAUCCCCAAAAAUUGAUAUCUCGAAAUUCAAAGUCUCAGGCGUUCAGAGCGAUAAAAAUUAAUACGAACCGUAUUUGAAAUCGCCCGCGAUCAGUGUGAAUAAAUGACACAAGAGAGCAGUAGUAGUAGGUACUAAAUCUGUUACUACUACAGUCCCAGCACCACACGCACAUUUUCAGUCGCUUUAUACCCCUCGAGGUACGCGGAUAUCAAUGAGUUUGAUUUCCUGAAUUGUGAGACGGGUAUACUCAUUGUGUAGUUAACGGCUUGGGAAAGAAGACGUGAGCGUGUGGUUAGUUUGACAGUACGCGUUGGUGCGUCAAGUGUGCGACAAGUGUCUUCUUGCUUUUGUUGUUAGUUAUUAGACAUAUUAGUCUAACGAUCCCUUUGGAGUUGCCCGACACAGGGUGUGGUGGUGUCCGUUUAUUUAUAGAACUAUAAAGGCGUUUCAAA